GUACGUACUUUACGUUCCGCACACACGCGCAAUGAUAGCCGGAAGCACCGAUGGGAGGAAAAUAAAAAUCGAUGAAAUCCACUGUAAUUCUGGAGUGUAAACCUCUCACUUACUGUCUUUUUCGCGACCGUAGGCUCCAAUUUUUUUACCACGUACACUGCCACUGUGCCGAGGGGACGGUGCAGAGCAGAAAAGCUGCUCCUUUUUGAACGAAGUUGCUCGGUGGGGGUUUAGCUGACGUGUGGAGAAGUUGAGACUGCCAGAGAGCAGAUAAACAAACAUAAACAAGCAGGGAUCAGCUGAGCACCAGUCCGAACCGAACCAGCAACACGGAGAGAUGUCAGGGAGAACGAGUUUCUUCUUUUGAGUCCAAGAAUGAUCCACAGGAGACCGUGACUUACACUGAUACUAGCUCCAUGUCAACUGUCAACACUGGCACACAAAGAAAUUCGGAAACACAACACGAGGACCAGCCAUAGGCUUUAGCAGAAAAUCCACUGCUCCUGUCACUGUCUUUUGGUCAAGACAUAGCCAGGACAGCAUGGACAGCCAAUGAGUUUACCUUCCAGUUUUCUGCUCUAACGACACGAAUACAUAUUACAGUGCAAGGAGAGAGCCACUGGUGUCAGAAGUGGGAUUAACAUGGCCCACCAGGCAACCCCCAGUUCCCAGAAGGCCCUGAUGAUGGAGCUGAAGUCUCUGCAGGAGCAGCCUGUGGAGGGUUUCCGCAUCACUCUGGUGGAGGAGUCUGACCUCUACAACUGGGAAGUGGCCAUCUUCGGGCCCCCAAACACCCUGUAUGAGGGAGGCUACUUUAAGGCUCACAUCAAGUUCCCAGUCGACUACCCGUACUCCCCGCCAACCUUCCGCUUCCUCACCAAGAUGUGGCACCCCAACAUUUACGAGAACGGAGAUGUAUGCAUCUCCAUCCUGCACCCUCCUGUUGAUGACCCUCAGAGUGGGGAACUACCGUCUGAAAGGUGGAACCCCACCCAGAAUGUCAGGACUAUUCUGCUUAGUGUGAUCUCUCUGCUCAAUGAGCCCAACACCUUCUCCCCCGCCAAUGUGGAUGCGUCUGUCAUGUUUCGCAAAUGGAGGGACAGCAAAGGCAAGGACAAGGAGUAUGCAGAGAUUAUCAGAAAACAGGUGAUGUCAACAGCAGCAGAGGCUGAGCGCGAUGGCGUCAAGGUGCCGACCACAUUGGCAGAGUACUGCGUCCAGACCAGGGUCCCCUCGCAGGACAGCAGUUCAGACCUCCUUUAUGAUGACCUCUACGACGAUGACAUGGAGGAGGAGGAUGAGGAGGAAGACGAGAGCGAGAUGGAGUCUGUAGGUGAAGCCGGGGGGAUCAGCACCGUGGAGGACAUCGGGACGUCCACCAGAUGUUAUGACAACCAGGAUGACUCUGGGAAUGAAGACUCAUGAUGAUCUGGAAGACACCCCCCUCCCCUCCCCCUCCUUCUCCCUUCUUUUAUGUGUUACUUUACAAUUUUCUGUGUGUGUGUGUGUGUGUGUGUUUGUGUACAUUUACAGUGGGGUCAAAAGUCUACUGCCAAAAAUGUUUCAUCAUUUAUGAAACUUAACAUGAUUGGUGACAAAAUUGUUCUCAGAAGCUAUUACACAGGUUUUUAGUAAAAGUUUUAGUAAAAGAAUGUGACGUUCCCACCGUUUGCCUUAAUUACAGCUUGUGCUCAGUCUGGUGUCAGAUGUUUAGCAGACUUUGACAAUUGAAAUUGUUCCAGCACUGUUUGAAAGCACCCCCAGAGUGUUUCUAAUGUUAUAUUUCACGUUUUUAAAUGUUCCCAUUGGGGAGGUCGAGGGUCCAUCCUCUUUCUCAUCUCUUUAAACCGACUGCUAUUUCUCUGCAGAUCAGUGUGUGAUCAAGUUAUAGUAGUAUACUGAAUACAUGGUGAGGCAGCCAUCUAGGAAAUCUUUUAACCCAUAUACUUGUAUUUCAGUUACCUCCCAAAGAUAAAAAGAAAAACCCUUAUCAGUUCUAAACUCUUUAUUCCACAAUGUAAACAAAUUGUCUUAGUUUCUGAUAAAUGAUGAAAACACACUGUCCACGUGGUGGUCUAAUGAACCCCACUGUAGAUGGCUGGCUCUUCGUCUGGCGAGUCCAUGUCAGAUCCUACACUCUCCCGCCCCCACCCCCUUCUCUACCCAGUGUGUCUUCUUACUGUUUUUUUUUUUUUUAAGUACUUCUUUGGUUGAGUUACUUGACACUUUGUCUGGUCCCCUGGAUUUCCUGGGAAGGCUCAGACAGUCUGGCUAAUGGACACUUUACUUGUUUGGCUCAUUAACCUAUCGAUGAGCUGGCCAGCUUGUACUGUCACUGUCCAUCAGUGUGUCCCAGAAUAUCUCUGUCCCUCUCGUGCUUGUUUGUUUUGACUAGGAUGCAAUCAAUUUAAACCUGCAGAAACAGGCUCUGCUGCGACUCCACCCUCUUGGACCCACCUUCAGUACUGUCCAUCACAGUGACUCCCUCAUGAUCCCUCAAAGCAGUGUCAUUUGGUUGGGGACGAAUAAGGUUAAGACCCUUUCUCUCGUCGCCUCCUACACCUCUCUCUGCCUCCUAAAACCUCAGGGCCUCAAUAGACUUUCACUGAGAGAGAAAAACCCCGUCAAUGAGAAACUCAACAGACAAACUGCUCCUCACCUCCACCUCCUAUUUCUUACUUUCUGCAUCACUGGGUGUUUUUAGAGGACAGAAAGUGAACUGAAAGUCUCCAGUCCCACCACCAGCCUGUUCACACGUGACUGUGUGUUGUUGUUGGUCCCGAUUAAGGUCCCUCAUAUUGUUUGCUUCUUGGUAGGCUUAAGUCAAAAAAAGAAAAAAAAGUCAAAAUCCACCUGUAGGAACUUUCUCUUCAAGAAAACGCUCAUAUUAUGUUGCAAUAGAUGUUUUUGCACCAUGACUCUAACUUAAGCUUAAACACAACUUAGGGAAAAUUGGACAGUGUUACUAUGCUACAUCACAUCCACAAUCUGUUUAUCAACAGGGACAAGAUCAACUUGCAGCUUAACAGCGCAUUAGUAUUUGAAUGAAUAUGACACUGAUUGCCUGUUAGCACUGUGUGUGUGUGUGUGUGUGUGUGUGUGUGUGUGUGUGUUACAUUUACUAUUCAUCUUGACUACAGUGUCAGGGUUUUCUUGUUUCUGUAUCUGUGGGUCUGGUGCAGACUUCUCUCACACAAAUGAGUUUGUCCAAAUGACUUUUUGGACUUUGUCCAGUUGGGAAAACAUUCAGUGUGUUUGCACUGUGUUCUAGUGCUGUUUUGGAAGGCCGGAAUUGGCUGAGGAUUUGACAGAUUAAAAAUAAGGAAAAAAAAAAUCAUCUAAGUAUUAAACUUUUGAACACAUUGGACAGCAUAAUGUGACUAAUAUUACUUGUAAGUCUUCAAGCACACCACAUAUUUUGAGCUGUGUUUUAUGGUUGCGGGUAUGAAUCUGUUGGCCCUUUCAGCACAACAGAGCACUGCGCAAACCUUUGAUUCAAAUGGACGGAUUUCAUGCCAAGGAAAUCAAUUACAGCCCCACAACUCUUCAUUUUUAAAGACUAUGGUGCAAUGGAUGUAUAUGGUGGAUUUAACACUGUUUGAAUGAACUCCUCAAGAGAUACCUUUUGGAUUUCAAAUUGAAGCCAAAGGAGUGAAACAUUUCCUCCCGGGCCUGUGCUUAGGAGACUCACAAAGACUUGAUUCUCUUGAUGUGGAAAUCCACUCCUGAACUGAAAUGGAUUUUAUAUCAAGGCACAAUAGGAAGUGGAUAUAUGCCAGAGAUUCUGAACUUUUCUUGAUGUUUUCCCCCAUUUUUUGGUCAUCCCUGAACGUAUAGAGAAAACGUAAAAUCAUAGUAUCAUAAUGUACCAGUCUUAUAUUUGUGUGCUAAAGGACUAGUUUUGAUAUGUUGGGAAAUACUCUUACUUUGUGGUGGAGUGUUUGACAAGACGAUCAAUACUGCUCAAAUGUCAGCUUUUUAAAUGAACUAAAUGAAACUACAGCAAGCAGUCUGUUAGCUUAGCUUUGCACAGAGAUUUGAAACCUAGGGAAAGAGAUGUCUGUCUAGCAGUACCAAAAUCUGCCAACUGGCACCUCUUGAGCUCACAGAUUAACCCAUUUGUUCAAAAAGUGGAAAAAAAUAGGGGUUAUGUGCCAACAAAUGGAGAACCAACUUCUCAGGUUAGCUGUUUGCCCCUGUUUGUAGUCUUUAUGCUGUACUAAGAUAAGUGGUUGCUGGCUGUAGUUUCAUAUUAAACAGAGAGGAGAGUGGUAAUCAGUCUUCUCACCUAACUCUCUUUGCCGGAAAGUAAAUAAGUGUAUUUACCAAAAUUUCAAACUCCUCCUCUUAAACCGCGGCCAGCAGCUGGCUAGCUUAGCUUACCGCAGAGACUGGAUCAAGAGCAAACUAGCCUGGCUCUCUCCAGAGGAAGCAAAAUCUGCCUCCCAGCAACUUUAAAGCUCAUAAAUUAUGGUGUUAUAUAUUGUUUAAUCUGCUUCAAUAUAUGUGAAAAGGACAGGUUGUCUUUUUACAAGGGGUUAUGUGCUAGACUAUUUCUUGGCUGGGAGCAGUGACCUCCUGAAGUCCACCUUAUGACAUGAGCCAGUCUAGUUUUUUCUUUAUGCUAAGUUAAGCUAACAGCUGCUGGCAUCAGCUUCAUACUUAAGAGACGUACAUGAAAGUGGUAUCAAUCUUCUUAUCUAACUCUCAGCAAUAAAGCAAAAAUAUCGCAUUUCCCAAAAUGUCGACCAAUUGCUUAGAAGUUCUUGCCUUCAAUCAUAAAUGUGGAAAUCAGAAUCAGCACUGCUGUUUUUGAUAGAGUCAAGGCUUAGUGUAGACCUUCCAAUAGAAAUGAUCAGUUUUAGAGCUCUUCGAUCUUAAAACCCCUCCUUUUUUUUUUACUGAAAUGCAUGCCUUGUUUUUAUGAGGGCAGGUGGAGGAAAGCUAGGGAGGCCUUUUGAGGGAAGGGAGCAGCCAACAAUCGUCUCUGAGGGUUGAUUUUAAUUCCCAAACUCAACCUAAGAAAUGACUCACUAAAAAGGUCUACAGUCUGAGAUGCUGAGGUGUUAUUCCAUACACACAUUACAUAUAAAAGACUGAAUGAAAUCAUUUAGUUCGUUUAAACUGUGUGUGAGCAUGUGUGUGCACAAGUGUGUAUUUUUUUGAAGUGUGGUCACACACUUAAUGGACUGACCUGCGUGUCCACAGUGCCACCACAAGGUGUCCACACAUAUUGAUGUUAAUGCUGUCCUUGUUGGUUUCUUCUUUGAUUUUGUCAAUUUUUUCCCCCUCAUCAUUUUGUGUUUGUGAGGAUGCAAAUGUCAGUCAUAAAGUUUCUAUUGUAAAAAAAAAAAAAAAAAAACAAAAAAAAAAAAACAUUGUUGGGUUUGUUUGCAUUAUAGCUUUGAUAUCUGUUGCUAAGCCCACAUGGAAUACACACAACAGAGUAAGUUUGUUUUUGAGGUAACAUUAGAGGUGAUAUGCAAAUGGAGGCGUUCAGUUUUUGUGGUUAAGUUCAAAAAUCAUUCAAAAUAAAACAGUAUGUCGUUGAAGCCUGCUGAAAGGUUUUCACCUUAUUUUGCCAUUGACCAGAGGUCACUACGACAUGCUACAUUUAUUAUUGAUGUGCUAUAUUAGAUUAGUGUUGGCUCACUCAGAUUACAUAAAAACAUACCCAUAGUGGUAUAUAGUAACUCACAAUUAAUCUUCUAAUUAUUUUUGUGUUAAUCAACGAUUCAUUUAGCCUAUAAAAUUGUGAAAAAGCUCUCAUCAAAGUUUCCCAGUCAAACAAUCCAAAACCAAAAGACUCUUCAUUUAUUAUCAUUAAUGACACAGAAAAGUUACAAAUCCUUACAUUUAAAAAGCUGAAAACCACAUAUUUUUGACAUUUUUGCUUUAAAAAUAACAAACGAGUAAUUGAUUAUAAACAUGGCUGCCAACUAAUUUUGUUUUGAUCAACCAGAUUAUAAACAGGAUUAAUACUGGCAGCUCUAAUUAUUAGAUAUCUGUUUCUGAGAUUUCAGCCUACACUUCAGUACAGUUUGCUUGUUCUGCACACAUCUAUAGAAGGACAAAAAAAAUCCAAAAAUGAUGUCCCUGUUGCUCUUGAUAACCCAUAGACCUCACUGUCGGCAGCUCUUAUUUGAACUAUUUUAUACUGAAGAAAUGGUGCCAAUGGUAUCAGUUUAAAGGGUCAUAUGUUGCUGUUUUUUAAUAUAAUUCUUCAGUGUUUUGAGCACCAAAACAAAAUUAACUCACUUUCAUUGUACAGCCAUGAGAGCAGAAAUCUCAAAAUGUACAAAACUGCCUGUAUUGCUAAAUACUGUGGUGAAGGAGUGACUUUUUCUUUGGAGAACUGAUCCUUUAAGGCCCAUUGAUGGCCAAACCUUUUCAAUAUUGUGAUCCAUAAGGUCACCCCGAUUAAAGUGACACAGACUGAAUAUAGAUAAGUUAAAGAUAUCCCCUGCCUAAUAAUAAGAGGGAUUUAUAAACUGACAAGUUGCAGACUAAAUGUUUAAUCAUGAGGAGAGCUGUAAUUUCAGUUCAGAACAAUUAGUUUAGUCUUUUAUCAUUGGAAGGGGGAGCUUUCAUGCUCUACCAGGCAUGAAAUUAAUUACAGGUUCAGUGAUGUCCUGAUGGGUCUUAAAGCAGUAUUUCAGUAUUCAUUUGCUCAAUGUUAAGUGCUGCUUUAUAGUAAACUGUGUAUAUCUCAGGUAAAACACUGGUGACUUUGGGCACUUUCACUGACCUCCACUUCGUUGUUCCAUGUUCACUGCCUUGUCCUGUGUUCCUUGUGUGUUCUUUAAAUGAAUACCCUGUAGAAAUAUGGCAGUUGAUUGAAGUCCUCUCCGUUUUAUGAGUGGAAACAACAGAUUUGUUUCUUUAAUUACCUGCAGUUCAUCCUUUCAGUCGAGGUUGUUAAUGAUAUUCUGCAGAUAUUGAAAACAAGAUAAAAACUUUAGAUAAAAAAGGGGUGUCAAUGUCGACUGGUUUCAAUGACUUAAAUCAGUAUUUUAGUCAGGAACAGCAUCACUAACACAUCACUGGUCAAGGACAGACAUCACAAAGGGGUUUUUACCACAAAAGAUAAAGACUUCAUGUCUCAAGUGUCCACAAUCUAAUUCAUGAUGUGGCAAUUCUGCCUGUUUGUGAAUGGGUUCAUUGGUAAACUAUGGGCUAUAUAAUACAUAAUUCAUAAUUAUAAUUUCCCUGAAAAGUAUUGUUAACCUCCUGUUCAUUGUUUGACAUUUAUUAUAAUGUGUACAUUGACCCUGAGUUAUGGCAUAAUCCUGGUCUCUCUCUAAUUUUCUGACCAUUGUCUUUAAUAUAAUAAAAUGACCUCCAUUGCUGG